CUCCAAAACCAUUGCUUUUGCUAAGUUUGAUUUUUAACCUUUAAUUUUCGAGGAGCAAUUAUGGCAUAUUUCGUACAUUGUUUCUUUGGUGUAUUUUGCUCCAUUCUUUUAUGCUCUUAGCGGAGAAAUAUCUACGGUUUUGAUUUGAAGAUUACUGAAGAUGAGGCCAGUGUUCUGUGGUAAUUUCGAGUUCGAGACUCGUCAAUCUGACCUUGAGCGAUUGUUCUCCAAAUACGGGAGUGUUGAGCGCGUCGACAUGAAAUCUGGAUCAUCAUCUCCUAAGGAAAAGUGAGAUUCUUACUUGGCUUGCUACAACUUCUGUGCCAAAACCAUUUCUAUUGCAAAAGGAAACUUAUCUGACUGCCUGCUCUCCUCUUCUACUCAAAGAUGGAAUGCAUUUCUUUACUCGAUCCAUGUCUCACUCACUAAUGUCACUGCCUAAGUUGCUAUUGCAAGAAUGGUCUUACUGGUGUGAAAGUAUCAGUUCAUGCCAUGUCUACCACCAUACUCUUUUAAGGGGAAUCAUUGAAUUCUGUCAUCAUGCCCUGCCUUCCUUGUACUGAACUCGUGCUGUGAAAUUGUUGAAGCAUGCUUAGCAAUGAGUACUCUCAGGCAUGAUACUUGGCAACUUAACACCUUAUUUGUACCCAUUCACCAAUUGUCCAAUUCAUCAUUAUGAUUUAGUCCUUCAUGCAAGGCCUCCUUUCAUUCAAUCAGCCUUUGACAUAUUUUCAGGGUUUGCUUUUAUUUACUUUGCGGAUGAGCGUGAUGCUGAAGAUGCCAUUCGAGCUCUGGACAACUACUCCUUUGGGUAUGAGAGGCGCAAACUCUCGGUAGAAUGGGCCAAGGGAGAACGUGGAAGACAUCGGGAUAGUUCCAGGUCGAUGGCAGCAAAUCAGAGACCAACGAAGACAUUGUUUGUGAUCAACUUUGACCCAAUUCGCACUAGGAUUGGUGACAUUGAAAGACAUUUUGAACCUCACGGGACGAUACUUAAUGUUCGUAUCCGCAGAAACUUUGCAUUUGUGCAGUUUGAAACCCAGGAAGAGGCCACGAGAGCUUUGGAGUGUACACAUAUGAGCAAGAUACUGGACCGGGUUGUGUCUGUGGAGUACGCUUUGAGGGAUGAUGGUGAAAGGGGAGACAGACACAGUCCGAGAAGAGACCACAACAGGGGUGGGGUUAGUCCUUACAGGAGGUCGCCUAGUCCAGCAUAUCGCAGAGGUCGAGGAAGUCCUGAUUAUGGGCGAGCUCGUAGUCCAGUCUAUGAUAAGUACAGCAGUCCUCAUGCUAGGCGUGCCAGUCCCGAGUAUGGUAGAUAUCGCAGUCGCAGCAGGUCACCCUUGCGGUCCAGGCGUUGAGAAUCUUAUGUGUGUGAGAGGAGGGGUUAUUGGAUUUGGUAUCACUUGUAAAUGCUGCAGUAGCUUUUGAAGUCAUUACCUGGUAGUGUUGGUAAAUGCCCUCAUUGAUGACUACAUAUGAUGUUUUGGAGUGGUUCAAACGGCAGUUGUUUUAUGAAACGAUAGGGUGUUGCUAAAACGGUUUUGUACGUUUUGGGUUUGUUUAGAUGGUGGGUGAUUUAUGAUCUAUUUAAUUUCAUACUCUACCUAGAUGAUUGCAAGGUUUUAUUUUUAUUUUUAUUAAUUUUUGUUUUAAUGUUUUUGCGUGUACACAUAUGGUAGUUUCACUUUUGAAUUUUUUUUUCUUUAUUUAUUUCAUAGACAUCAAAAAAUGAAUCGUAAAAGCCAUGCCAUGCCUGGGGAAAUGUAAAGCUUCAUAUUGGUGCUAUACAUACAAGUAGGCAAUUUAGUGUUCUACUACAUAACAUUGGUCAUUAGACAUAUAUCUUUCUCGGAACAACAAAGCUAGUAAUCUUUUGUCGUUCUAUACGUCUCUUUUAUCACAUCAAAUAUACUUCGUAUCAUAUUUGAAGUCUUCCCAGAAACAGAUGGGAACUCGUCAAUACUACUAUUAUAUAAAAAGAUCAACGAGCAGAAGCAGCAGCAGCAGAUAAAGCAUACUAGUCUACUCGGGUGGAAGGUAAAGGAGCGAUGAUGUGGUUGAUAGGAGUACCGGGUGCACUGCUUAAGCAUCAGCGGGCUGGUGGUGGUGCUGGUGCUGUUGUAGCUCAGGGGCAAUAGCUUUCUGGAGCCAAGUUUCAGCAUGUUGCAUCAUACCAGGGCUGAGUCUGACCAUUAAGAUACAAAACUCAGUCUCAGUCAAAGCACCAUCCCCAUCAAGAUCCCCUUCUUUGACCAUGGCCUCUGCAUCCUCCAAGCUCAUUUCUUCCAUACCCAAGCAGCCACAGUUUUUCUGCAAGCUGGAGGUGGUGAUCAGCCCGGUUGCGGGGUCUGCUAACAUCCUGAACCCACAACACAGUUCAUUCACAAAACUAUCCACAUCCAACUUAUCAGCCAUUACUGGCAACAGAUCUUCAUAGAUUUGGCUGCUUGAUUCCUCCUCCUGCUGCGGCUGCUGCUUUGAUGAUGGCGACUCCUUUUCCAUUGCUUGAUUAUACAGACAUAUGAGUAUGACCCACCCACAGUUGAUGAUGAUGAGUAAUUAAGCCAGCAAGCUAUCUAUAUCCUGCAGGCAGUAUGGUUUUUGUGUGUUUUCCAGGUCUGUGGGGGGUGGGGGGUAGGAAGGAAUAUUCUUUUGGUUGAGAGUAAUGGAUGCUAUUAUUCAACACACUGUGACUGACUCUGGUGAUCUUCUUUUCUUGCAAAGAAGAAGUAUAGAAUAAAUGGUGGAGUUGUUACGCUACUAUAAUAAAUAAAAAAACAACAAUUAAAAUUUAAAAGGGGGAGGACUCACAGCUGAUUUUUGGCAGUAUUUAAGGUGUGAUUCGAGGAAGGUGCCGUUGGCUAUUCUGGUGGAAGAAAACAAAAGAAAUUGUGAACAAGAAGAAGAAGAUAGUAUACUUUGAUGUAUGUACGCAAGAGGAUAUAAAUUGUAAUAAUAAUAAUUAUUAUUUUAUAAAAACC